CCAUCCUGCGUCACUGUUCGCCCGUGGAGAGGGCGUCGUUCGAGAUAUCCCAGGCGAAUCUCGCGUGCUACAUGGCCACCAGCGCACACAGGCGAUAUCGAGGAAGCGGCCUUGCGUGGCGGGCCAAAUAACAACACAUGAUGCGCUAGCCGCGUAGUUGAUAGCCGUGGGCAACUCUUCGAACCGCAUUCGAGAACCAUGACGCAAAUCGCUGCUCUAGCGCCAUCCGCCAUCUGAUCGCCCCGACGCCAUGCGGCUUUCGAAUGCUUGGGGAAGCUAUCUUUCCCGGAGAAAUAACCUGUUCUGAGCUUGCUCUCACUUAUCCUUCGCAUUUAAUACCGUCGAAGUCAAUCUUCUCAAUUCGCGAAGCUUUGCGACCGGACCCGGAGCUCCUAGAGCUCAUAGUAAAGAUGUGGGGAGGAAAGAAAGCUCCCGAUGACGACGGCGAGUCCACGUCGCGAGCAGACGCCGCUUCGGUAGAUGCUGGGCGAAGCACGAGGAGUGUGCGCUCGACACCGCGAAGCAACUACGAGAGCAGACAAGAGCCCACUGAGAGGACCAGACUGCUCGACGAGGGACGACGGCCGCCAAACUCGGAUGGCUAUCUGGAUCCUGACGACCCAGCGGUCUCGCCGUACAACCUGUGGUCCGUCCGAUUCCUCCGCUACUUCACCAUCCUCUUCUUCAUGAUCUCGUGCAUUUGGUGGACGCUGCUCUUAAUCAGCAUCUUCAUCUCGCCGCCGGGUAUGCACUCUCGCGGCAGCGGCUUUUUCGACUUCGCCUUCACCUGUCUCACAAUCGGCAACCUCCUGGUCCAAAUUAUCUUCUUCAUCGCACCCGCCAAAGCUCUCCGCAUCACCACAACCAUCAUUGCCGUCUUCCUCAUCAUCGACAUGAUCCUGAUCCUGGCCGUCCCCAGACUCCGCCUCGAAGAAGGCUGGGUCGGCAUCGCCUCCGUCGUCUGGGCCGUCUUCAUCGCAAUCUGGUGCAUCAUUACCGACCGGGUUGUCGCCUGGGGCAAGAGAGAAGAAGAAGAGCGUCUCACCGGCCGCCCGGAGACGCGCCGCACGCUGAAAGAAUGGCUCGCCGUGCUCCUCGCGACAAUCCUCACGACCGCCUUCAUCGUCGUCGCCAUCCUUAUGACAGGCACCCUGAGCGUCCGCGCGCGCGACUCCACCCUCAGAUUCGCCGGCGAACGCAUCCUCGUCGACGGCGACAAGUACGCCGUCCACCUGGGCUGCGUGGGCAACAUCUCUUACACUCACGGCAAGCGCGAUCCAACCAUCCUCCUCGAAGCCGGCGAGGAGCCCGCCGAGUACGACUUCGAGCACUGGGCUUACAACGCUGUCCAAAACGGCUCCAUCAGCCGCUACUGCUACUGGGACCGCCCCGGGUACGCCUGGUCCGACAAUGCGCCCUCGCCGCACAGCGCGGGCAUGUCCGCAGACGCACUCUCCGAAGCCCUCGCCAAAGCCGGCGAGGAGGGCCCUUGGAUCUUGGUGUCUGCUGGCACCGGCAGCAUCGUCUCCCGCAUCUUCAGCUCCCGCCACCUCAAGCAGGUCACGGGGCUCAUGCUGGUCGACCCCAUGCACGAGGACCUGCUGCACCGCAUCGGGAACCCCGGGCGCGGCUUCGUGCUCUGGGGCUGGGGUAUACUCAGCCCGCUGGGCAUGUCGCGGCUCGCCGGAGCGAUCUUCAAGGGCCGCACGCGCCAGGAUCGCGUGUACGGACGCAACGCGUACCAGGGUGGGAAGUUCAUCAAGGCGGAGCUGCAGGAGAACCUCGUUGCGGACUCGCUGUCCAAGAACGAGGUUGUGUCUGCGAGGAACAUCCAGAGCAGUGAGACGCCGCUGGUUGUCGUCAGCAGCGCGGUCAAGUGCAGGAGUGAUGGCGAGUGGGAGCGGAAACAGAGGGACAGCACGAAGUUGACGGAGAAUCUGGUGAGCUGGGAUGUGGUGAAUAAGGCGCCGCACCAGGUGUGGCGGACGCUGGAGGGGAGGGAGGUCAUGGAGAAGAGGUUGAAGCAGCUGGUGAAGGCAGCGAGGAAGGUCAAUGCGACGGUGGAAGAAGAGGAGUAAGCCCACAACAAAGAGGGCGGAGGUGAGGUGGUGGUAAACUUCGUUGGUACAUAUGUUUUGCUUUGCGGUACGGCGGUUUGCAGCUGGGAGAUGUGAGGGUUCGCAGACUGUUUGAUUUGAGCGUUCGCACUGCGCGCGUUAUCCGUACACGUUAGUAAUCUCGAUAAUUUGUAGUCCAACUCCAUGGCCGCGUUUUACUGGUACAAUAUA